AUGUACGAGCUAUCUCAAUGUUAAAGAUUUUUCAUUUUAAUUUUAAAGGAGAGAUUUGAUGAUGAGAAAAGCGAGAAUUAAAAAUCGAUAAGAGAAAUUAAAAAGUUUGAUUAGAAAAAAAUUAUAAAUUCAGUAGAAAUCUUCCUAAAUAUUAAUUUAGAAAUCUGAUUUAAUUUUCAUACUAAAGAAUAAAGUAAUUAAAGAUUGUUAUUCAUGACUAAAGAGAUUCUUUAUUUGUUUAAUAAAUUAAAGAAGAUGAUCGAAAUGAAAACAAAAAUGAAGAAGAUCUAAUUAGAUCAAAAUUUAAUGAGUUAAAUAGUUUUUGUUUUUUGUUUUAGAAAUUUUGA